UAUGUAGAAGAAAAAACAAAGUCCUACUAGAGUUUUUCCCGGCGUGGACCAGGCAAUUUAGAUUUCAGGAGUCCGAACUUUUCUUUUUGACGGGAGAUCAAGCAAGCUCUGUUUAUGCAAAAUUGGCCAUCUUCCAACCAUCCCCAAGAACCCCAUCCGUAUUACCAUCCAAUUCCAUUGUUCUUCUGAGAAAACAUUUCUUCAUCCGAUGCGUUAUCUUCAUCUUUUGAACAAUACCCAUAACCCGAAGGCGGACGAGAAUCAAGAAUCAAGUUACAUUUCGAAGAAGAUCAACGCAAAACCGAACACAGUCCCUGUUUUUGGUUAAUCCGCCAUGUUUUCCAAAUUCUUUCAUAAACCCGUCGAUCAACAAUCUUCGUCGUCGUCAGCUCCUUCUUCGAGGGCCCAGAAGGGAGUAUUGGGUGCAGCUGAUUUGGACCCACGGGUCACUCUCCACUAUGGGAUCCCGCCUACUGCAUCUAUUCUUGCUUAUGACCCCAUACAGAGUCUUUUAGCUGUGGGAACACUGGAUGGUCGAAUAAAAGUUCUUGGUGGUGACAGCAUUGAAGCUAUUUUCACUUCUACUAAACCAUUGCCAUUUAAAAAUUUGGAGUUCUUACACAAUCAAGGUUUUCUAGUAAGCAUAUCGAACGAUAAUGAAAUCCAGGUUUGGGAAUUGGAGCGUAGGCAGUUAGUUUCUACUUUACGAUGGGAAUCCAAUAUAACGGCCUUCUCUGUACUUUAUGGCACCUGCUACAUGUAUGUAGGAAGUGAAUAUGCUAUGGUGGCUGUCUUAAAGUUUGAUGCUGAAGAAAGAAAAAUCAAACUAUUACCCUACUAUCUUACUUCAAAUGUCAUAUCUGAUGUAACUGGUGUGGAUCUGCCUGAUCAAACUUCUGUUGUUGGAGUUCUCCUUCAACCUUGUUCUCUUGGAAAUCGACUGCUGAUUGCAUAUGAAAAUGGCUUGCUUGUUCUCUGGGAUGCUUCAGAAGAUCGAGCUGUGUUAGUAAGAGGUCACAAGGACCUUGAAUUGACGGAGAGUAACAUAACUAAUCACUCAACAGAUGUAUCAGACCUUGAAUUGGAGAAAGAAAUAAGCUCUCUUUGUUGGGUAACAAGUGAUGGGUCGAUCCUAGCUGUUGGCUAUGUUGAUGGAGAUAUCUUAUUUUGGAAUUUUUCAAAUGUUACCUCUUCCAAAGAUCAGCAAGUUAAUCAAUCUCGUAAUAAUGCUGUCAAGCUUCAGUUAUCAUCAGGCGAUAGAAGACUGCCUGUGAUUCUUUUGCGUUGGUCUCCAAGUGAGUUGCAAAAUCACAAGGGGGAGCUUUUUGUAUAUGGUGGUGAUGAAAUCGGAUCUCCAGAAGUGCUUACUAUUCUAAGCCUUGAUUGGUCUCCUGGAAUAAAAAGCUUAAAAUGCAUGGAACGUGUUGAUCUAACACUUGAUGGUUCUUUUGCGGAUAUCGUUUUAUCACUUAACGUUGGUGAAACGAAAAGAGGCACUUUCCUAUUUGUACUGGCCAAUCCUGGACAGUUGCAUGCUUAUGAUAAUGCGUACUUGUCUAGCAUAAUGUCUCAGCAAAAGAAAAUAUCUUCUGGUUCUGGCCUGCAAUAUCCUAUGGUAAUACCCAAUAUUGAACCACGUGUAAUGGUUACGAAGUUGGGUUUCAUUCAUAGAGAGAAAACGGUCUUCAGGGCUCUGAAUGAGGUUCCGAGGGAUACAACGUGGCCUUUGACUGGUGGUAUACCAUGUCAACUUCAUGAUGCUGAAGAUUAUCAGGUUGAGAGAGUUUAUAUAGCUGGUUACCAAGAUGGCUCAAUUCGAAUAUGGGAUGCAACAUAUCCAUCCUUCUCACUUAUUUUCUCUUUUGAGCCUGAGGUAAUUGGUUUAAAUAUUGCUGGUUUAAGUGCUUCGAUAUCAGCUUUGGACUUUUGCUCGGUCACUCUAUCCGUAGCUGUGGGCAAUGAAUGUGGUCUGGUUCGUCUUUACAAACUAAUUGGGAGCUCGGAAGGGGCAAGUUUACACUAUGUGACAGAGACUAAGAAUGAAGUUCAUAAUAUGCAUGGUGGAGAAGGAAUCCAAUGUGUAGCUGUGUUUUCUGUUGUAAAUUCUUCUGUUAGCACUCUAAGUUUUGAGAACUGUGGAGCCGUACUUGCUGUUGGAUUUGAAUGUGGACAGGUUGCAGUGUUUGAUACUAACACAUUAUCACUGCUGUAUCUGACAAAUGACGUGUCGAACUCAAGAUCUCCAGUCAUAUCUUUGGCGAUCAAAUCAUUUCCAGAUACAAAUCACUUGGAGGCUGGUUCUGAUGAGUCUAUUCCACCCAGAAAGGGAAUUUUGCUAGCAAUGACCAAAAAUUCAUAUUUAGCUGUCCUCGAUAGUACCAACGGUGAAAUCAUCAGCUUCCAAUCAACAUAUGCAAAGGAGUCGAGUUCAAUAUCUAUGUAUAUCAUUGAGAGUGAUUACUUAUCACCUGAAGCACUCAGUGUAGCUCAUGCACCGAGCACCCCAAAGAUCACUGGAGAAAGCUAUUCUGUACCUGCCAAUGCCCACUCUGGACGUACAUUGCAUGAAGUUGGAGCCGAUACCUCCAGUGGAAUUGCUAACUUGUUCGUUUUGCUUUGCUGUGAGACAGCUUUAUACCUGCACCCAUUGAAGCUUAUGAAUGAGGGUGAGAAUAAGUUUUUACAGAAAGUGAAUCUUUCGAAGCCAUGUUGUUGGACAUCAAUGUUAAAGAAGGACGGCAAAGUGUCUGGCUUGGUUGUUCUUUAUCAAAAUGGUGUGAUUGAGAUCAGAUCCUUCCAAAAUCUUGAGCAAGUGGUGUGGGAAAGUUCCUUGACCUCAAUUCUACGGUGGAGCUUCAAGACAAACAUGGAGAAAACAAUAUGUUCUUCUGAUGAUGGCCAAAUCAUGCUGUUAAAUGGGACUGAGUUGGCUGUAGUGUCUCUAUUGAUCUACGAAAAUGCUUUCAGGAUUCCCGAGUCGUUCCCUUCCCUCCACGACGAAGUCCUUGCAGCUGCUACGGAAGCCUCGAACAACUUUUACCCAAGCCAGAACAAACAAGAUGCUACUGUUUCUGGGUUUUUAGAAAGUGUUGUUAAGGGCUUCAAGGGCAGUAAAGUGGAAAACGAUGUGGACCCUUUAAGCCUUUGUAAACUGAAUGAUUCACAUCUGGAAAGUUUGUUCUCAUAUCCUCCAUUUUUAAAGCCUUCCAAAGGUGUCACAGAUGAGCUAGGCGUCAUUGAGCUUGACAUAGAUGACAUUGAAAUUGAUGAACCUUUAGUCGUGCGGUUUUCACCGAAGAAAAACAAGAAUGAAAAGGAAGGCAAGAGGUCGGAGAAGGAAAAGUUAUUUGAAGGUGGUAGUACUGACUCACAACCUAAGAUGAGGACAGCUGAAGAAAUUAAGGCCAAAUACAGAAAAGCUGAGAGUGCUUCUACGGCAGCUGAAGAAGCCAGGAAUAAGCUAUUAGAACGCCAGCAGAAGCUUGAUAAACUCAGGGAAAGAACUGAAGAACUGCAGAAUGGAGCUGAGAGCUUUGCAGAUAUGGCGAAGGAACUGGCAAAGAGAAUGGAAAAUCGUAAAUGGUGGCAACUGUGAGGUGCAAAUUGGUAUAUUAUAUUACAUUUUACUUGCACAAAGGUCUUCUGUACAUAUCAUAAUUUCUGCAACAGAGGCCCUUUUUUUGCCAUCUUUUCAUACAAACAUAGAUCUGCUAAACAAACAUCUGAACUGUAACAAAGCUUCCCCCUCCUCUGGUUCCAUAAAUGUAAUUAUCUUUGAGUUUGUAUCAAAACAAAUCUGUACAAUACUUUUCUGAGUAUUAAUGGAAUAUAAAAUUUAUUUAACUU